AUGACCCGUACCCCGCCAGCCGUGAGUUUCGCGCAGUUCUUCCCUAACGCUCCCAAAGUCCGGGCAGACCGAGAGCGCUCGAGGCGUAGCCUCCCUGAAAUCGAAACGGCGGCUGGUGCGCCAGCGGCUGCUGUACCGUUGGCCGUCGAAACCACGACGACAGUUGGCUUUGUCCGGCCGUCACAUCCCUCGGCUCAGCUUGCAGGUGCCCCUCAUCACCACGUCGACGAUAGCAACGACUCGCUCGCCGAAGACGUACCUAGCACUGCCGGGUCUUCGAGCUCGCACGCAAGCUCCGCGUCAUCCAUGUUCAGCAGUACGCUGAAACCAUCUCAGCCGUCCAACGGUCGUCGCAGAGGCUCGUUCUCUGACUCGCUCCACAACUCUCCUGCCUCGGCCCCGGAGAGAGCCAUGGCCAUGUCCACGUCAGCCGACUUGGCCGGGAAAGCUCCCCGCAAUAUCCCAUUGCCGACAAGCAAUGACUCCUUUAUGUCGACAGCCGGGCGCAUCCCGGCUCGAGAUCCUCUGCCGUCUGUCAAAGGCAUGAAAUGUACCUAUGACCCGACCCUCGAUCGAGCGCGCCGUAGGGGCUCGGGGAAGAGCUCCAAGCCAAUUUAUGAAGAGUUUGGGUUGGACAAUGACGCUCCCCCUCCAGAUCCACGGCUUGCAAAAGCCGGCGAUCGAUUGGGAUAUAUCAAUACCGACUACUACCUACCCAAAGCACGUUUGCGCCACUCGCCCGAGAACCUCAAGCCUUAUCCAUACGAUCCGAAGACGUCAAUCGGCCCCGGGCCGCCGACGCAAAUUGUCGUCACUCGGUACAACCCUCUAGUCUCCUUCAUUAAAGUCACCUCCGUUUUCGCCGCCUUUGGCGAGAUUGCCGAGAGCAGCAACAAGAUGCACCCCGACACGGGGAGCUACCUUGGCUUUGCCACAAUCCGCUUUCGAGAUGCGAAACAACCCGGCCGCCCUCCCGUAUCUGCCAUAGAAGCAGCCCGUCGUGCUGUUCGAGCCUCCAAGGGUAUCAAAAUUGACGCCGAUAUCGUCAAGGUAGAGUACGAUCCUGAAGGCCGCAAGAGCCGACGGAUGCUCGAGGACCACCUGAAGCGCGAGAAACAAAGCAGGGAGAGGUUGUUGCGAACCCCAUCGUCGGCCUCGACGGCUACUCCUACCGGUCCGAAAUCGUCGUCUACGCCAGCAUCCGCGCCCUCGUUCGUUCGCCCCCCCCCGACAGCGCCGAAAGGGCCUGCCGCCCAACGACUGCCUUCGUCUCUGGUGCCGUCGCAGACAACGCCGACCGGCCCUCCGCGCCCUCACAGCAGCGUCGAGCCGCAAAGCAUCGCCGCACAACUUUCCGAGUAUCCCUACGUCUUUGUCACGGCCGAAAGUGUUCCUGUUCUGCCGAGCAUCAUACCUCACAUGAAGAAGCGAUUGAAAAACUUCGCCAUCGACGAUAUCCGACUAGACAAAACGGGCUUUUAUGUCAUUUUUCGGAAUUCGUAUGCCGGCAGGUCGGAAGCAGAACGUUGCUUCCGGGCCGCCAACCAUACCGAGUUCUUCACGUAUAAUAUGGCAAUGCAGCUGUGCUUGCCGCAGAGCAAAGACCGCCUUUCUGAGCGUCCCUCUGAUCCUGCCCGAAAGCGAAGUCUGACGCCGGAAAGGGGCCCGACGACGACCUAUCGACGGCGGUCCGACGAGUAUACUCGACGGCGCCGCGAGGAGGAGGCCGACCUGGAAGAGGAGAAGAAGCAGCGGGCAAAGAACUUCGACCCUGUCGUCGAAGCCGUCGAAGUCGUUCGCAGGGAGAUGAUGGAUCAUCUGAUCCGCCACAUACGCACCCAGGUUGCUGCGCCCAGCCUCGCCGACUUUCUCGAUCCUUCAAACCAUGCGGCCAAGAGGAGAAAGCUCAAUCUUGAUCAACCAGAGGAUGAUAGCAUCUUUAGCUUUGACGACAGCAACGACAACGCCCGAGUUGGGACGCCAAACUCUCGAACCGACCCGAUUGAGCGACGCACCUCCCGGUUCGAAGCAAAGGCGCUGCCCAGAAUACGCAAAGCAAAGGCAAAGGGCCAGGCUCAUCGCAGUACAUUCGUCGACCCAUUUUCCAGAAAGCGGCAGUCCAUGGCCCGCCCUGCUUUCCGAUCUCUGCAUCACCGGCUGAAGAGCCUCGACAGCGAUUUCGAGUCGGAUGAUGAGACGGAUGCAGGAGCCUUGCUGGCUCGCGAUACGGAAGAGCUCGAAUCACGGCCUCGAAGUCGCAUGAGCACCGACGAUGAAGCAUUCAAGGAUGACCAGGGGUCGUGGGGCCGGCAAGAUGAUGAUUCCAUGACCGAGGCUAGCCUCGCCCUUGCCGAAGGCCCGCCAUCCAGGAAACGGAAGCUGGAGGAGUCGCUCGAAACGGCAUUCAAGCGCCAGAAAAAAUCCGACGAAGAUUUGUUUGGCGUCAAAAUCGCACGCCUUCCGGCAGCUGUCGAUGGACACGAAGCGGCGGAAGAAGUGGUACCGGAUGCAAAUGCCAUCGACAGCGGUGUUUCCCGAUCAGGCACUCCAGUGUCUCAGACGCCCCAAGGGACGAAGAAGAAAGCUGCGAAGUCGAAGAAGAAGACGAAGAAGCAAUUGUUUGAAGAGCGAGAGGCAUUGAAGCGACUGCAAGAAAAUGAAGCCUCGCGUGAGAAGGAGGUGGCGCCUGCGUCGUCCGAGGCCGAGAAGCAGGAGCAACCCCCAGACGAAUCCGUGGUUGCCAAGUACGACGAAAAACUUUUUGCCACGCAGCCUUUGACCCCGGCGAUGACUCUCCCCGACGGCUUCAGCCCGGACAUAUCAUCGCUUCAAGACUUUGCCCUCGGCGUAAAGGACGUACCCGACCUGGCGAAACUUUUAAAGAAGUUUGUCAUGGACGACAUUGGGGAUCCUGAGUUGUGGCUAUGGAAGCGGAACCGAGUAAGGGAGCUCAAUUCUUCCAAUCGAUCUACGACACAGCCAAUUUCCAUUGGAGGUUACUACGUGCCGAACUCGACAGGUUGCGCCAGGACUGAAGGUGUCAAGAAGAUCCUUAACUCGGAAAAGUCCAAGUACUUGCCUCAUCACAUCAAGGUUCAGAAGGCAAGGGAGGAACGACAGGCUCACUUCAAGACGGGCAAGGAUGCUGGCGCCGCCGAGGCCGCGAGACUGGCGGCCGAGAAGCUCAUCGCGAAGGGGAAUUCGCGAGCGAACCGGGCCAGCAACCGGCGAUAUGUUGCCGACUUGAAUGACCAAAAGAAGACACUCGGGCAGGAUUCGGACGUCUUCAAGUUCAACCAGCUUAAGAAGCGGAAGAAGCCGGUGAAGUUUGCCCGAUCAGCCAUCCACAACUGGGGCCUCUAUGCCAUGGAGAACAUCGCCAAGGACGACAUGAUUAUCGAGUACGUUGGUGAGGAGGUGCGGCAAAAGAUUGCCGAGAUACGUGAGAAUCGGUACCUUAAGAGUGGUAUAGGAAGCAGCUACCUGUUCCGCAUUGAUGACGACACGGUCGUGGAUGCGACCAAAAAGGGGGGCAUCGCGCGAUUCAUUAACCACAGCUGCAUGCCCAAUUGCACAGCCAAAAUCAUCAAAGUUGAGGGCAGCAAGCGAAUCGUCAUCUAUGCCCUCCGUGAUAUUGCCCUCAAUGAGGAGUUGACCUACGACUACAAGUUUGAGAGAGAGAUUGGGAGUUUGGAUCGCAUCCCCUGUCUCUGCGGCACCACUGCGUGCAAAGGAUUCCUCAACUGA